GUGGAACUUCAGCGUGCUGAAAGUCUAAACCUGACAACUCUAAGUUUAUCCUCUGAUAUUGUUGAAGAAAAGGAUGCAGAGUUUCUUACUGUUUCUGUCAAAGUGAAAGAUAUUGAAUUAGUUAUAAGUGGCAGGGAUAUCCAACUGAAGUCCAAUAUGGAAAGAUUGAGCAGUGUAAUAGUAUUCGUUGCCAAUGCAAAUCAUACAUCUUUGCCACUUCUUGAUAUAAUCCAGGUUCAUGUGGAUGUUGUCUUCAGUAGAAGUCAGAUAGACAACAGCACACUCAAAGUGGAGCUUAUAUGUGAUCAUUCUGAUCUAUGGCUUUCGCAUCCUGCAUUCCAUUUAUGGGGUGCUUUAAAAUUCGAUGUUCCUAAAUCUGGAUCUGCUCAAUAUUCAAUGGGAGACAUUUCUUUCAAAUUCCAAAUGCGGAAGGUUUCGGUUCUAAUAACAGAUGGAAAGAUAUGUGAUAAGCAAUGCCUGCAGCAAGGAAAUUAUUUAUAAACAGAAGGGCACUGAUGUCAUGUUUUAUCUAGGAAUAGGAGAACAUACUCAUCUUCACUGGACAGAUACAAGCAGGGAGCUGCUUGUUUCUAUUUGUUAUAAUGAAACUGGAUGGCAGUGGUCUGGCAGCUUUUUACCAGAUCAUUUGGGUGAUACACAACUGAAAAUGAGAAACUUUGUUCUUGGCACUUCAAACAUGAUACGAGUUGAAGUGCAAAAUGCUGACAUAUCAAUGGGAGAUGAAAAGAUAGUUGGAAACAUCAAGGGAAACUCAGGGACCAACUUGAUUCUUUUGUCGGAUGAUUAUACAGGAUAUAUGCCAUACAGAAUUGAUAACUUCUCGAAAGAGAUAUUGCGAAUAUAUCAGCAGAGGUGUGAAAUUUUCGAUACUGUCAUUCACUGCUAUGCUUCUUACCCUUACGUCUGGGACGAACCAUGCUCUCCUCACCGUCUUGUUGUGGAGGUACCUGGAGAACGAGUUUUGGGGUCAUAUGCUCUGGAUGAUGUUAAAGAGUAUAUGCCUGUCUACUUGCCAUCAACCUCUGAGAAGCCAGAGAGGACAUUCUUUAUAUCAGUACAUGCAGAAGGAGCAACAAAGGUCCUCAGUGUUCUUGAUUCAAGUUACCACAAUUUUAAUGAAGCGAAGAAAUCAAGUGUUCCACAUGCCUCAGAGAAAAGGUUAUAUGAUCAUAGUCAAGUUAGGCCUACAGAAUAUCAAGAGAAGAUAUCGAUUUCUCUUCCAUACAUUGGGAUUUCAUUGAUUAAUUCAUACCCACAGGAGUUGAUCUUUGCCUGUAUUAAAGAUAUACAGAUCAACCUACUGCAAAGUUUGGAUCGCCAAAGGCUUUCCAUGCAAAUAUCAUUCAUACAAAUUGAUAACCAGUUGCGCUCUACUCCAUAUCCAGUUAUGUUGUCAUUCGGUAGUGGAUACAGAUCCUGUCAAGCAGACUAUAUGAAAUCUAGGGAUGAUGCCACUAGAUCAAGAAUCGAAAAAUCAAAUCCAGCGAAUAUCUGCAGCAGCUCUUCUGUUCCCGUUUUCUGCCUAGAAAUAUCCAAGUGGAAGAAGAAAGACAUCUCAUUUCUUUCAUUUGAGUACAUAAAAUUGAGGAUGGCAGAUUUCCGUCUUGAGAUUGAACAAGAAGUCAUAUUAAGCUUAUUUGAGUUCUUUACAAAUAUCUCUUCAGGGCUGCAGUAUGGUAUCAGACCAUCUUCAAAUCACUAUUACGGGACAUCACUAAAGGAUUCAUCCUCAUUUGUUCAAACUAGUGAAAACUUAAGAUUGAAUGCUGACCAAAGUCCUUUAGGGUUUGCUCCUAUAUUGAAUGCAAAAUCUAAGAAAAUUGCACCAUUGCCUUCUAUCAUUCCAAUUGGAGCCCCAUGGCAGGAAAUUUAUCUGUUAGCCAGAACCCAGAAGAAAAUAUAUAUUGAAAUGCUUGAAUUGGCACCAAUCAAAUUGACUUUAAGUUUUUCCAGUGCGCCUUGGAUGCUUCACAAUAGAAUACUCACAUCAAAGGAAUUUCUUAUCCAUGUAAGCAGUAUUUCCUUUUUCUUAGAGUCAUUGAACCCA